AUGGGGGGAAAACAAGAGACCAGCGGUUGGUCAGAUAUGCAAGCAGAAUUGUUGGAAUUGGUUCUACGGAGUUUAGACCGAAGGGACUACCUUAAGUGUCGACUAGUGUGUCGUGGAUGGCGUAGUAUAGUUAACGGUGCAAUCAAGAACAAAGGUCCACCUACUCCUCGGUUCCCAGCCCGGCUGUUGCUUCCACCCACUCUUCUUUGCAAUACUGGAGAUCCCACUACCCUUUUCGACGACAUCACACGGGACAACCGUCUGCUUAGGGUCCCAACUCAUGUCGGGAAAGGUCACUUUGCAUCUCUUAGGUCAGAAGAAGAGGGGUGGUUGAUGUUCCAAAGCAUUUGUAAUAAUUUGUUAUGGAUUUUCAAUCCAGUUUCUAGUGAAAGUUAUAAACUCCCACAAUUACCACCAGGGCAUACGAUUCCUUAUAAUCUUAGAGUUGCCUUCUCUUCUCAAAGCUAUUUGGUGGUGAUAUCUUUAUAUUCUGCUGAUGAUAAAGAUGGAUCGAUCCCACAGCUCUGUUUUUGCAGGGUCGACAAUGACAAGUCAUGGUCUCGCAUUGAAACAAUUGAGUCACGUUUUGAAGUCAAGGAUAUAAUGCUUCUUGGAUGGAAAUUAUAUGCUAUGAAUGAAGAUUUUGUGACUAUUUUCAAUCUUGAAGAUCUCAAUGCCAUUACGGCUGAAAGGUUGGUUAUGCAGUUACCAAAGCUUGAUAGUGAUGGAGAAAGAGUAAAUAUGCAUAGGCUGGCAAGAGACCCUACGUGUGGGGAAGUGUUGUUAGUUCUUUUCAGAUGCAAGUACAUGAGCCAUGACUAUGAGAUAGAAGACUUUCUCAUCUUUAAGUUGGACAUGAGUGGCCCAAGAUGGAUAGAGGUCCAUAGUUUGAGUGGUCGUGUCUUAUUUGUGGAUCGCGCUGGGGUUCGAGUUAUCUCCACCGCAAACCUUAAUGCCCCACCAAAGUUCAUCGGAGUAGACAAUUGUGUUUUUUUCUCGCUUCAUCACCUCAUUAACCCUUGUCUCGGGGUCUUCUAUUUAAAGGAAAAGACAAUUCAACCAUUAAAUAGCAAUCUUUCCUUAGAAAAACAGUUAUGGCGAAGUUUGUGGUUCACUCCCAGUCCCAGUCCUUGGUAG